AGGUAGCCUCCAGCUCUGGUCGUGGGCUGACAUCCAGGAAGAGAGAAGUGGGCUGCUUUCCAGAAGGCAAUUACAAAAUCAUCCUACAGUAGUUAUGUAUACAAACUCUACAUACAUGUUGAGCAUGGAAUCACUGGCCAUAGCUCCAUCAGGUGUUUACCCAGCAUUCCUUUUUGGAACCCUUAUGUACUGUUUCAUUGUGUUUUGUAACGUGACGGUUUUAUCCACCAUAGCAUUGGACAGAAAGCUGCAUAAACCCAUGUUUAUCCUACUCUUCAACAUGCCUAUCAAUGACUUGAUUGGUGCUACAGCCUUCUUCCCUCAGCUGUUGGUAAGCAUCCUGGCUCAGAACAGGUCCAUCUCCUACCCUGCAUGCUACCUCCAAGCUCUGCUCGUCCACCUGUACGGAGCUGGCUCCUUAACUAUCCUGACUGGCAUGGCUUAUGACCGGUAUAUCGCAAUCUGCUGUCCACUGAGGUAUAACUCCAUCAUGAGUUCCAAUAACUUGAUGAAAAUCAUCAUUUUCACGUGGCUUUUGGUCAUUACCCUGAUUGUGGUUCUGUUGGCUCUGGUCACUCGCUUCAAGAUCUGCAGAACAACAAUAGUGGACAUUUAUUGUAACAAUCCGUCAUUGGUGAGGCUCAUUUGUGAUGACACACGUAUAAACAACUACUAUGGGUUGUUGAUAAUAGCUGUCUUUCAGGGUGUAUCGUUGAUAGUGGUUAUAUUUACAUAUAUCCAGAUCCUGCUCAGCUGUGUCAUGAAUAAGUCAUCUGAUGCCCGGAGCAAGGCCAUUCAGACAUGUGGUACACAUCUUGUAGUGUUCUUAUUCUUAGAGUUCAACGCCUGCUUUAGCCUGAUAGCUCAUCGAUUUGAGCAAGUAGCCCCUUCCUUGAGGAGGGCUUUUGGAGUGUCAGUUAUGGUGUUCCCUCCCAUUCUCAAUCCCCUCAUAUAUGGUCUAAAAACUAAAGAAAUUCGACAAAAUGUUCUGGGUUUCUACAAACGGAAGGUAUCUUCAGUUAAAUGAGAAUAAAUACUGUACAUGAGUCUGUAUAAUACAUGGCAUGGGCUUUCGACAGUUUUUAAGGCCUUCCCAAUAAAAUAAAGAAAUUCUCCUUUGUAAAUCAGUCAAUGAAUAUUAGAGUUGUGUUCCGUCUUUUUGUGCAA